ACAUCAUUCAAUUAUUGUCAAACAGCUGCUUUUUAGUGUACUGGCGUUGCAUGGAAUUCCUUUACAUUCGAGAGAAAUGAAGAAAUAAGGAAAAUUAAAAUUAAGUUAACACUAGUUUAUUAUAAUCCAUUGAAUGUUGAUAUUUUGAAGUGUAUAAAAAUGCCUUUGGCUAAUUCCUCGGAUCCCUGGCGUAUGCAGAAUGUCGGCGAUAACAUGCGUGGUAAUUCUGCACAGUCAGCAAACAGUCUUCCAAUGGUUGUUGAAAACUCAGCUGAGUCACGGCAGGCUUCCACAACAGAGAGCCAUGAUAUCAAUGAGAUCAAUUAUGAGACAGAAGUGGUGCUCCAAGAUGUUGUUAAAGAAGGUCAUGAAAAAGCAGAUCCGUCACAGUUUGAAUUGCUCAAAGUACUUGGUGAAGGUUCCUUUGGAAAAGUAUUCUUAGUAAGAAAAGUAAUGGGUCCUGAUGCCGGAACUCUUUAUGCUAUGAAGGUACUUAAAAAAGCUACAUUAAAAGUUAGAGACAGGGAACGUACAAAAAUGGAGAGAAAUAUAUUAGUUGAAAUGGGCCAUCCAUUUAUUGUUAAAUUACACUAUGCAUUUCAAACAGCUGGCAAAUUGUAUUUAAUAUUAGACUUUUUACGAGGUGGUGACUUAUUUUCUCGUCUAAGUAAAGAGGUAAUGUUUACAGAGGAAGAUGUCAAAUUCUAUUUAGCUGAAUUAGCACUAGCAUUAGAACAUGUACACAAGUUGGGCAUAAUAUACAGGGAUCUCAAACCAGAGAAUAUAUUAUUAGAUGCCGAUGGUCAUAUUGCUCUCACAGACUUUGGUUUGUCCAAACUGCCUCCAAGCAGUGACAAAGCGUACAGCUUUUGCGGGACUGUAGAAUACAUGGCCCCUGAAGUUGUGAAUAGAAGAGGACACACAUUUGCUGCUGAUUGGUGGUCCUUUGGGGUUUUAAUGUUUGAAAUGCUGACCGGUAACCUCCCCUUCCACGGAUCUACAAGACACGAAACAAUGACUCAGAUAUUGAAGGCUAAACUUGGCAUGCCUGCAAAUCUCAGCGAAGAAGCACAGUCGUUACUCCGAGCAUUGUUUAAACGAAAUCCACAAAACAGGUUAGGAGCUGGCCCAGAUGGCAUUGAAGACAUAAAAAAGCACGAAUUUUUUGCAAAUAUAGAUUGGGAUGCACUUUUACGAAAAGAGGUGAUCCCGCCGUUCCGUCCCGCGGUGUCUCGCGCAGACGACGCGUUUUAUUUCGAUUCUGAGUUCACGUGCCGCACCCCCCGCGACUCACCCGGCGUGCCCGCUUCCGCGAACGCACAUGAGUUAUUCAGAGGCUUCAGCUUCGUGGCGCCAUGUUUAUUGGACGACGAGACCAAAACAGAAACUAACAAUCAGAAUCAAAACCAUGUGUCACAAAACAAUGUUAAGUCAUCGUCGGAAGAAUUUUGGGCUGGCUUCGUCAACAAGAACAAUUUCUUUGAUGAGUAUAGGUUAAUGGGAGAAUUGGGCACAGGAUCAUUCUCUGUCGUCAGACUAUGUGAACAUAAGACGUCGAAAGUGCAGUACGCUGUUAAAAUUAUGGAGAAAAUUCAGUAUGACCCACGGGAAGAGAUCGAAAUUUUGUUAAGAUACAGCCAGCACCCGCACAUAAUAACCCUCCGUGGAGUUUACGAGGAAGGCGGCCGUAUACUCGCCGUCACAGAGCUUUGCCGCGGCGGAGAACUGUUAGAAUACAUUACACAGCGGCGAUACUUGCCUGAACACGAGGCCGUGCCCAUACUGAGGAAUGUCGUUCAGGCCGUACAUUACCUUCAUAGACACACUGUUGUUCAUAGGGACAUAAAGCCCUCGAACAUAUUAUUCGCGACCUCAGAACGAAGGCCCGAAGACGUUCGCUUGGUGGACUUCGGGCUGGCGAAACAGUUGCGUGCGGAGAAUGGGCUGCUCAUGACGCCGUGUUACACCGCCAACUUCGUCGCGCCCGAGGUGCUGAAGAGGGCUGGCUACGAUGCCGCUUGCGAUAUCUGGAGCUUGGGUGUAUUGGCUUACAUAAUGUUGUCAGGCAGGACGCCGUUCGCGUCCACUGGUGACGACACGCCGGAAGCCAUAUUGGCGAGGAUCGAAUCCGGAAAGGUGGAGGUGUCGCACGGCGUGUGGCGCGCAGUGUCGAGCGAAGGCCGCGGCUGGGUGCGGCGCCUGCUGCAGCUGGAGCCGGCGCGACGGCCGGGCGCGGACGAGCUGCUGCGCGCGGGCUGGCUCUGCCGCGACAGCGCGCGCCCCGCGCCGCUCGCCGACCACGACGACACGCCCUCCGCCGCCGCGCUCCGCCGCGCGCUCGACCUCACCUACCAGGCAAUGUCGUCGUCGCCGCUGACACCGCAGACGCUGGGCCCUGUGUCGCAGUCGACGUUGGCCCAGCGCCGCUCCAAACCGCAGCGCCGCUUCCCGCCCACUCAGCUUUAGGCCGCGCCACAUUUAUACGAUUACACCUUCUCACCUUUGUAUAAGAUGUUCGAGAAUUGACUCAAUGGAAAUCCGCAUGGAGAUGACAAAUGUGAGUUUAAAAAUUUCAAAUAUCGAAGGCGAAGUGUCGAUGCCGAUUGCCGUUCGAAAUUUAAUUUUCAACGUAUACUUAGUACUAAUGAUGACCCUGGGUUUCAACACAACCUGGGACAACGCUCAAUUGAGAGAGCAAGAGAGAGAAUAUGUACAAUUAAUUAUGCGAGAGAGCGACUUGCAUUGGCAUUAUAAAGUGCUACAAUUUAGUUGUAUUAUAUAAUCCAGAUGCUUGUUGCUUCUUAUUACAAUUUUUCAAUACAUACUCUUGUUUUUCAAUACAUUCUCUAAGAUUACCUAAAACAUGUUUUCACUAUUUUUUCUCAUUUCAUUUUAAAUGCAAUAUCGGUAAAUAUCGGGUAUUGGGACUUCACGCUCGACAUGGGUCUUGACCACUCUAUUUAUAUUACAUCAUAAAAUGUUGGGUCAAGUACCACUACAAGCGGUUUUUUGUGGGAUUGUAAAACACGCAUUUACGCAGUCAGACAAUGGCUGCCCUCACUAGCCCCCAUUUCAUUAAAAAAACGCGCAGGCAUUUUGCAGUUGCUGUGCAUUAAAGAAUUGAAAAAUUAAUUGACUUGAAGACAAAUCGUUCCACAUUCUAGAUUGUCGCCAUAUUCAGUCACAAUUAUUAGGUAUUUAUGUUCUAAUUGAAGGAUUAAAAUGGAGAAUUUCAAAAUUAUAACAGUAAGCAUUAAACAUAGACCUAUACCAAGCCGAACAAAAUUGCAUAAAACUUGUAGAUCUAAGUAACGCGUGGCGUCUAUAUAAAAAUGGUUAGCGUAUUAAUCAUAGAUGGGUGUAAAUCAU